AUGGAAGCUGCCCCGAUGGAGCCCAAUGAACGCACCAAAGUGUCGGCCAAUGGAAAGGCCAAGAAGAAGUCGACAACGACGGCAUCGACAAAGGGGAAGGUGAAGUUGAAGGCACCACCCCGGACCACCGCGACAGUGCAGCAAUUACCGAACACUGCUGCAGAUGGUGAACAAUCUCCGCCUGAUGCGGGGAGCGAAGCCCUGCGCGAGUUGCUGCAACGAAUUAAGUUGGCGUAUCCAAGCGAUUCGGACGACGAAACCAAGGAUGACCUGAUGUUGCCAACCAGCUUUUCCAAACCUACAUUUCUAUUAUGGAAUUGCCUGCAUCAUUUUUUCACCACAGCGUAG